AUGAUACUUGGUGUCCACCGUGGGGCCCGUGCACAAGGGUGUUGUCUUCUUGGUGGAGCCCUUCGGGAGAUCGAGAAGCUCGUGAUCAGUUGGAUGAGAAAGAGCCAGCGCGAAAAGAUCUACAUUGACAACUCGACUUGGGGUCCCGAGAUCGACUCACCGGAGUCAGGAUUCCGGGUCCCCUUCAGCAAAAUUAACAUCUUCGUAGGCUUCAUCAGAGGGGUCGCCCCUGGAGGAGCCAUAGGAACAGGCCAUGGAGAAGUCGGCCCUGGGGGAGCCAGGAGAGCCGGUCCUGGAAAAGCCAGAGGAGCCGGCCCUGGAGGAGCCAGAGGAACUGGCCAUGGAGAAGCCGACCCUGGAGGGGAGCCAGAGGAGCCGGCCCUUGAGGAGCUAGAGGAACCGGCCAUGGAGGAGCCAGAGGAACCGGCCAUGCAGAAGCUGGCCCAGGAGGAGCCGGUCCUGGAGGAGCCAAAGGAACCGGCCAUGGAGAAGCCGGCCGUGGAGGAGCCAGAGGAGGCAGCCCCGGAGGAGCCAGAGGAACCGGCCAUGGAGAAGCUGGCCCUAGAGGAGCCAUGA